AUGUCUUCUUCCCGACUACUUCAUCCCGACGAAUAUGAACUGGAAACUCGUUCCUCUGCUGACUCUCAGGAGAGCUUCAACUUAGACGAGGCCGACUUUGAGUCGCAAGUUCCACCUCGACCCAGGCGACUCUUGCGCCGAAUGCCCUUUUUAUCACGGGUUUUUGCUUCCACUUACUCUGGAUAUCGUCGUCUCAAACCCUCCCGACCCUUGAUCUCGGCUUCGGCGCGACCCAGUUGUCUGCGACGCAUCCUGUUUCGCCGGGCCUGUUUCUAUCUACAUGCCGUUGUCGGUAUCAUUCUCGCUCUUCUUAUCCUCACUGCAAUCCUACGACCCUCAUAUACCCGACCUCCGCCCCAUUAUACAGCACUUCGAUCGGCCGUAUCACAUUCAAGCGCCUCUGGCCGGGGGAACCCUGAUAACGAGAAGGUGUUCAUAGCUGUUAGCUUAUAUGAUCGUGGUGGGAAGCUAGCGCAAGGACAAUGGGGCUCUACUGUUCUUCAACUUAUCGACUUGCUUGGCGAGGAUAACGUUUUCCUAAGUAUCUACGAGAAUGACAGUGGACCGGAGGGGGAGAGUGCGCUACAAGCCCUGGAAAAACAGGUCUCAAGCAAUAGGUCUAUUAUAAUUGAAGAGCAUUUUGACUUGAGUAACCUGCCUAGGGUGACCAUUCCUGGGGGUUCUAAACGUACUAAGCGUAUCGAUUACUUGGCUGAGGUCCGGAACCGAGCCUUGCGGCCGCUGGAAGAAUCUGAAACGCAAUACGACAAACUUCUAUACAUCAACGACGUUUUGUUCGAUCCAAUCGAUGCUCUUCAGCUCUUGUUCUCUACUAACGUGGAUGACAACGGUAUCGCCCAAUACCGGGCAGCGUGCGCUGUUGACUUUUCCAACCCGUUUAAGUUCUACGAUACAUAUGCAACGCGUGAUGUGCAGGGCUACGGCAUGGGUCUUCCGUUCUUCCCUUGGUUUACCUCCGCUGGAGGAGGGCAGAGUCGACGGGAUGUCUUAGCAGGAAAGGAUGCGGUGCGUGUCCGCAGUUGUUGGGGAGGAAUGGUGGCAUUCGAUGCACGAUUCUUUCAAGGCGGUGCGAAGCCGGCAGUGGAAAUGGGAGGAGAAAAAUUCCCUGUUCGUUUUCGUUCUGCGCCAGACUUGUUCUGGGAAGCCUCUGAAUGCUGUCUCAUCCAUGCCGACAUCGAAAACCCGCCAUCGAACGGGGCUGAGAUCGUGGACACCGGCAUUUACAUGAACCCCUUCGUACGCGUGGCAUACGAUAGCCGCACCCUAUCUUGGUUGUGGACGACUCGACGGUUUGAGAAACUCUACUCUAUUAUCCAUGACAUUGGUAGCCGUCUCGUGGGUAUGCCAUGGUUCAACCCUCGUCGAUCAGAAGUUCGUGGUCAGGCUGUUGAGGAGACGGUCUGGGUGCCGAAUGACAAAGACGAUGGGGGCGGAUCUUUCCAGACGGUUACGCGAAUUGCUGGGAAUGACGGUUAUUGUGGACGACGAGGGCUCCAAGUAAUCGUUGAACAUCGCAAAGAGGGCCAGGACGGGUUCGAAAGUAUCCCGGUACCAACCUCAAAAGUCACCGGUGUUAUCCAUAGUGUAUUCGAGUCCUUCUUGGAGAGAAACACUGCUCAUACCCUAGAUGAGAGUCGCCACGCUCCCCCGUUAGAGGAUCAGGAUGAUAUCGUGACCUCUACAAAUAGCCCCUCCACGUCAUCUUCCGCUGGCUACAAGACUCCUCCCGUCUUUCACACUCACAGUCCCUCUCCCUCACUCCCAUCCUCCUACCAUCCUAAUAUCAACGACUCGCAUAUCUCAUUCGGUCAAAAGCCCGUCACAAAGAUGUAUCCUAUCGCCAAUGUCGAUGAUACCGCAGGGUUUAUGGCCGCUGCCAGGGCUUUGAAGCUUGACCCAAAUGCUUACAGGAAGGUAUCCUCUGUGGUUGCUGCUUCUGAGGACGCAUCCAGUGAGCACGGCAGCCUCUCCAAGUCUCAUGAUGACUUCGCCAAAACCCCUACCUUUGCUGAUGAUUUUGUCAAUGUCGAUGCCGAUUUUACUGGCCCGGACAAUGACAGCACACUCGCCAGCUUUGUUACAGAGCCCAUGCCUCUCGAGGUCGCUGAACAGUCCAGCGCGUCCGAGUUCGUCUCGGCUGACACCUUCGCUACCACUUCCCAUGUUUCCGUUGAGAGAAAAGAGGACCGUGAGUACCAGACCACAUUUGAGACCUGGGGUACUCCAGAGCUCCGUGACAAGCCCUCUGCUCGCGUCAGACGUGUUCUCAUCAGGGGCUUGCCCACCGCCUGGAAGACUCCUGCAAGGGUCCUAUCUUUGAUUCACGGCGGUACUAUUGAGAGUAUUUCUGUGACUCCCUCGGGCACUGCCCAGAUUCUGUUCUGUGACGCCGAAGCGUGCAAGGCUUUCUACGAUAAGUACCCCAACGGCAUCGAUCUUGAUCAAGAAAGAAAGGUCACUGUCUUCGUGGAGAUGGGGAGAGAAGUCGACGUUGUCAGCUCUCAGCUGUCUUUCAGCCUGUCCACCGGUGCCACCCGUGCUGUCCGUGCUGUUGGUGUUGACCUCGGUGUUACCAUGCACCAGCUUUCUGACUUGGCUGCCGGCAACCAUCGUAAGGUUGAAAAGAUCCUGGACAGCUACGUUCCUGGGGAGGCACGCAAUGUCAUCUUCCGUUUCUGUAGCAUCAAUGAUGCAGUUCGGUUCCGUGCCGUGAUUGUCCGCAACGAGUCCUGGGAACAAUGCAACAUUCAGUAUGCUGCUGAUCCAUGCGAACUUGCUACCGGCUAUCACACCAACUGA